AUGACCUCCACUCUCACCGGCACCAGGCCUUCUGUCCCCCAAGAUCCCACCCUCGCCAUCACAAACUGCGACUCCUUCGAAGGCCAGACUCUUGCCCUCGCUCUCGCCGACUACCUCGAACACAAGCACAACUACAACAACUUCAAAAAGGUUGGCAAAGAGGGUGGAGGCCAUGACCAUAACGAACCAUCGAAACCUGCUCCACCCGUCGUCUCUCAACUUGUCUGUCUCACCCGCGACAAGAACAAGUGUGGCGACCUCAGCAAGCGCGACUCCUGCAAAGUUGUCCAAAUCUCUUACGAAGACCCAAACACCAUUGGGAUCGCUCUUCGAGGUAUCCAUACUGUUGUCUUUGUUCCCGAGAUCGAACCCCAGCGGGUCGACUGGGCUGACCGUAUUGUCGAUGUCAUGAAGCAAGAGAGUGUGACGCGCUGUAUCGCCAUCUCGAGUAUUGGCACUGAUGCCUCUGACAAGGACCAACUCGACCGUUUCCGUCGUGUCGAGGACCGUGUCAAGAAGGAUCUUCCCCGCUGGACCAUCCUCAGAGAGGGAUUCCCAUUCCAGGCGCUGUUCUACUGGAUCCCGAUGGUGCAAGACCAAGGUGUGCUGGGGAUGCCGAUCAAGCGGGACAUUGAGUUUGCGCCCCUCGACAUCACCGAUCUCGGCCGGGCAUUGAUCUCGGUGACUUUUCCGUCUAAGCAUCACCCUGGCGGAAGUGAUAGUGGUAAGGUUGUGCUUGGCGAGUUCCCUUUGGAUGAUGAUAUCCGAAAGUCACUCGCUAAGCUCAACCUCACUGGCGCUCAUUCUCGCGCCGCACACGAAGCCGUCUCUACCUUCCCCGUGACUCCUUCGACUGUCAUCACUCCUGCUGGACCUGGAGACGGCGACGAUCGACACGACGGACAGAUCUACACCCUGACUGGACCAGAGACUGUCACCGGACCCAAGCUCGCCCAUGCACUCACCCGCGCCUUGAAAUCCGACAAGAAGCACAAAGACAAGCACCCGGAGCCGAUCGUGUUCAAGGAGCUGACGCGCGAAGAGUUCCGCGACUACUUGCUCACUCUUCGAAUCAAGUCUGGUGGCGCUAUCCCGAUGACCACCGCUGGAUUCCAACCUGUGACCAGCUUCUUGCGAUUCUUUCAGCACAUGACCAACGCUGUCAAAGGUGUCCAUCAUCAUCACCCCCAGUCACCCGCCAAAGAGAAGGACGAGAAGUUUUCUUCUUCUUCUCCUGCCAAGAUUGCAUCCCAGUUUGAUGUCGCCAAGACUACUGCUGCUGAGGGCAACGAUGACGACGGUGUUGCUUUGAUUAAUGCUCUGAGUGACGACGACAGCUGCCCUGGAUGCAAGUCACCCAAGAAGGGACACGCACCCGUGUUGGAAGCACCCAACGACACGGAGAUCGAUUUGGUCUUGGAGCUGUUGGAUUACAUCAACGAAAGCCGAGCGACCUUCCAGUCGGGUGAUCUGCUAAAGAUCACUGGCGAGCGAGGCAACAAUGCCAAGGCGUUCUUUGAGGAGCACGCCUGCAACUUUCACCAGAGUCAGUCGAUUGCCGUUGACAAGAACAGUUCUCCUUCCUUUGCUCCUGAGUCGACUCUCCACAGUGAGGGACAGCAGCGAGUUGCCUGA